AUGCCCUUAAAAGGACAAAAUGAAAUCCCACUUUUUUUAUAUGCUUCAUAUAUAUUAGGUAACUCAUUGAGGGGGGACACAAAGCAGCAACAAUGGGGGUUGUCUUUCUUUUGUGCUUUUCCACUGCCAUUUUCCUCCUCAAAAUUCAGAGAGACUGACUUAUGCCCUACAGGUCAACCUGCAAAUGUAACUGGAUGGAUAGAAGAAGAACCAUCUUUGGGAUCAUACAUGGUUGCACUCAUCAAAAGAAAACAAAUGUCAUGUGGCGGAACUUUGAUCAAAGAGAACUGGGUGUUAACAGCAGCCCAUUGUUUUCCAGAUGAAGAAACAUCCAUUAUUUUUGGAGCUCAUUCACGAACUAAAAAAGAGAAAGGAAAGCAUAUGGCUAGCAUUACUAAAGCAUUUCCUUACCCAGGAUUUAAUCUGAAGACAUUUGAAAAUGACAUUAUGCUUUUGCAGUUUCAAACAGAGGAAAAGAAGGUUUCAGAUGUAAAAACCAUUCCACUUACCUCAACAUCUGACGACAUCAAGGCAGGAACCCCGUGUGUAGUAUUUGGAUGGGGAACUAUUAAUAAAAGAAAGGGAUUUGAUGCACUGCAUGGAAUUAACGUCACUGUCAUUAACAGAAAGGUCUGCAAUGACAAGCAACACUAUAAUUCUCAGCCUCCUGUGACAAUGAAUAUGAUGUGUGCUGGUGACAAGAAAGGAGCAGAUAUGUGUUUUGGUGAUGCUGGUAGUCCUUUGAUAUGUCAUGGGGAACAAAGUGGGAUCCUCUCGCUUGUUAAAAAAUGCAGUUAUCACCAAUUCCCUGGGAUCUAUACUCGACUCACGAAGGACCAUCUCUCCUGGAUAAUGACAAUCACAAAUGACACUAAUUGA